CUGGAACAGCGCCCCCCAGCCACGCCUGCAAACUGCCCGCUCCUGCUUUCUGGGGCCCCCCGAACCGCCCUGUUGCAGUGGAAUCUGCGCCUGGCCUGAUCUGCUGGCCCAUCUCAACCCAAACCAAACCCAUCACCGCGCAACUCUCUUUCUUCACGACACCGACGACCGACACUCGCGGCUGCCCGUCCUUGCGUGCUUCCCUUGCCGUCGGUAAUAGCAUCGCAAUUCAGCAUUCUUUCGCGUAUCGCCAAAUUCUGCCUCGGAUUCUUGCGACCGACCGUGUCCCCUACUUGAUACCACGUUCUCCGCACCGACUCUUCACGCUCAAGCACUACCUUCGCGUUGUCCCUUUCGCCCUCAUUCGAAGCGCACCCUUUGCCGUUAUACAUACACAUCUAUCCGGAAAAUUGAUUAGUGAUUCAAAGCGAUCUUGCAUCUGCGACCCGUUUUCGCAUUCUCCCCGGAACGCAUCGCUGCACCGAACCUCUUGUCGGCCUCUUUCGGCUAGGCUCUGUUGUUGUAGCUUAGCUUCGCAGCCUGUCAACCCAUUGACUAGUCGACUGGACCCACGCGACGCCCCGAUACAGGAGGCACUGUUGUGGAAUUGCCUCGUUGGUUAUAGCCUGACGGGAGAUGCCAAAAUCUGACGACGGAGCGCAUAUUAAAACUGGCCAAGGACUUCUGAAGGUCCCUUCGCGAUCCUCCUCACAACCAAAGACUACCCACAGUAUUGGUACAGCGGCGUCGAGCGCUGUUACUAUUGGCGGAUCUCAUAGCAGCAUCGCAAGAACCUCAAAGGAAUCAAACGGAAGCUACGUUGAAAUGGCUUCUAACGGUAACGAGUCUGGGCCCAGACCUAACCAAAACACGGAACAUAACGCUCCCGGACUUCAUACACAACCUAGCUCGCCGUCUACCACAGAACAAAAGCAAAAGAAGAAGAAGGGCGGGUUCUUGUCGUUUUUGGGAUGCUGCGGCGCUCCUGAUAUUGAAGAUGGAGCGGACGGUGAAGACGAAAAUGUUCAUAAGCUAGAGACACUCCCGCAACGAACAACAACGUCAAAGCCUCGCAAUCAAGCUGUCAAUGACAACAACUCACGAUAUACCGCAGAUAAGACACAGCAAGGAUUGAAUGCGACAGAAGGAGAAACUCGAGCAGAAAAUUCUCAAUCCGUCGACGCUGAACAAGCUCCUGUUGACCAGAAGCAGACAGGAGUCGUUGACCCUGUCAACACCGUUGAUGAAUCGACAGGGGCUGCUGAACAACGGCAUGUCAGCAAAGACGAUGAUCAAAUUAUACAAGAUACCGCAAAUGCCCAUGCAUAUGCGACACAGGACGACUCGGAAGAGCAACAGAACCGAACCAUACCACCACCUCCACCCGGACCCGGGCCAGUUGCUACUAGCGAAGUCGAGUCCGGCGAAUCACGCAAAUGGUUGCUACCGCCUGUAGCCCCAGAGCAUAAAGGGAGAAAAUGCCUGGUUCUUGACCUCGACGAAACACUUGUUCACAGCUCAUUCAAGAUCCUACAUCAUGCCGAUAUUACGAUUCCUGUUGAAAUCGAAGGCAAUUAUCAUAAUGUGUAUGCUAUCAAGCGACCAGGUGUCGACGAAUUCAUGAAGCGAGUUGGCGAGCUGUACGAAGUGGUUGUUUUCACAGCGUCUGUAUCCAAGUACGGCGACCCGCUGAUGGAUAAGCUUGAUAUUCAUAACGUUAUUCACCAUAGACUGUUCCGUGAGAGCUGCUACAACCACCAGGGCAACUAUGUCAAGGAUUUGUCCCAGAUUGGACGCGACUUGAAGGACACCAUUAUUAUCGACAACUCACCAACAUCGUACAUCUUCCACCCUCAACACGCGGUUCCUAUCAGCAGCUGGUUCUCCGAUGCCCACGACAACGAAUUGCUAGAUCUCAUUCCUGUUCUGGAAGAUUUAGCUGGACCCAACGUUUCGGAUGUCAGCCUCGUUCUUGAUGUCACACUCUAAACACCCUUUUCCCUUAUCCCUUUAUACCCUCAUGGAUGAAAAAUGUACUCGCCCAAAAGCUCAAAAAACACAUUAGAAGGCGUUUGACGGAGACUGAUUGCAUUUCUCGCUGUAUGUUUAUUGUCAUCUAACCAUCUAUACACCACCCUCAACACCUCUUUAAACCCCGACGCUUUGGGUCACCGCUCGAACUUGUUGUACGGCACAGGAAAGGCCACAAAAUACAGCUAGUGUCCACUAUAGACACUUCAACUGGAAAACUCGGUUUAUUCACUUCUGUUGGAAGGCCUUUGGAAACGCCGACAAAUAUGCAUUACCGACCUCAAAUUUCAAUCGUUCCGUACGGCAAUGAGCAACAACUCCUGGAAUAAGCGACGCGGAGUAGUGGUAAAGAGGAUUAGCGAGCUGAGUUUUUGUUUGAGCGACUAACAUUAAAUAUCACUGGCUUAUGCGACAACAUUACAAUGUACCGCCGAACUAACCCGCUCCAGGCAAAUAGAGCGUUGGCGGCGCGAUCGAUGGACUAUACAAAUCUUGGUGACUCAAUGGUGUUCUGCUCUUGUUUUUUUUUGUUUUUACCUUUUGUAUUCACUCUUUCUUCAAUGGUAUUUUCUUCAUGCAUAUCCACCAUUAUCGUUUCUGUUUCGGGUUCAUUUGUAUUUUGAUUCUCUGUGCUUCUACUUUUACCACUGCUGUACUUUCGUUUUCAUUUGUUUCGUUUCUUUUCUAGUAUAUUUACAGAACUAGAAGCAAACCCUUGCAACUGGAUCAAAGCAGUAUGAGCUAGCGCUGGGUGUCUGUAGGGAAAUAUAUACGACAGCCGUUUGUGCAACACACAAUGAUUUGCAAAUGAAUUUCGUAGAAUAUGUUACUAGAUGUUGUUUCUUGUAAUACAUGAAGCAUUGCAUACUCCUUGAGAUACGUGAAUAUACCCAAUGGGACUAAACAAAUUUCUUCGCCAAUUAUAAUGGCGUC